CUCUAUUCAGGCAGCAUGAGCCAGGAAACCACUCAGAUAAGAACUAUGGGGCAGUGUCCAGGUCAGGAGCAAAUCUUGUUGUGGUGCAUUAUUUUUAAUCACAAUUCCAAACUUAUAGUUUCCUUCAAAAUUUGCCAUGGGAGCUCUACAGCACUAGUCAGAGGUCUCUUCACCCUGUUAGUAGAGGAUUUUGGAGUUAAAGGUGUGCAGGUUGAGGAGAUCUAUGAUCUACAAAGCAAAUGCCAGGGCCCCGUGUACGGGUUCAUCUUCCUCUUCAAAUGGAUCGAAGAGCGCCGGUCUCGCCGGAAGGUAUCCACCCUGGUGGACGAGACAUCGGUGAUUGACGAUGACAUCGUCAAUAAUAUGUUCUUUGCUCAUCAGCUGAUUCCCAAUUCCUGUGCCACCCAUGCCUUGUUGAGUGUCCUCCUGAACUGCAGCAAUGUGGACCUGGGGCCGACGCUGAGUCGCAUGAAGGAUUUCACCAAGGGGUUCAGCCCAGAGAGUAAAGGCUAUGCCAUUGGGAAUGCUCCGGAGCUGGCCAAGGCCCAUAACAGCCAUGCCAGGCCAGAGCCUCGGCACCUGCCCGAAAAGCAGAAUGGAAUCAGCGCUGUGCGGACCAUGGAGGCUUUUCACUUUGUCAGUUACGUUCCCAUCAAGGGACGGCUUUUCGAGCUGGACGGGCUGAAGGUCUAUCCCAUCGACCAUGGGCCUUGGGCUGAGGAUGAAGAGUGGACAGACAAAGCCAGGAGGGUGAUCAUGGAGCGAAUUGGCCUGGCCACAGCAGGGGAGCCGUACCAUGACAUCCGUUUCAACCUCAUGGCGGUGGUGCCCGACCGGAGGAUGAAAUACGAAUCUAAGCUGCACAUCCUGAAGAUGAACAGGCAGACUGUAUUGGAGGCCCUGCAGCAGCUUAUCCGGGUAACUCAGCCGGAGCUGAUUCAGACCCAAAAGUCCCAGGAGUCUCAGCUGGCCGAGGAGUCCAAGCCGGCCAGCAGCAAGGCGUGUCUGGCACUGGAGACGAGCAGAGCACAGCUGGCCCCGGAGAGUUCACACCCAGAGAGCACUGAAGACUCUACUGGCCAGGGCCACCCUGCCUCCACUCAGAGCCUGCCCAACAAAUCCAAACUGGUAACAAAGCCAUCUGGUAGCUGCAUCAACGGUGCUCCCGCAAACCCCAAUCCCAUUGUGCAGAGACUCCCAGCCUUCUUGGAUAACCACAACUACGCCAAGUCGCCCAUGCAGGAAGAGGAGGACCUUGCAGCAGGAGUGGGCCGUAGCCGGGUUCCGGUCCGCCAGCACCAGCACUACUCCGAUGAUGAGGAUGACUAUGACGACGAGGAGGAGGAGGAAGUUUGUAACACUGCCCCUGCCAUCAGGUAUAAGAGGAAGGGGCAGGGGAAGCAGGAGCUUGUGGCCGGGGCAGCAGACAGCCAGCUCUCCAUCCUCCAGCCCAACACCAUCAACGUUUUGGCGGAGAAGCUCAAGGAGUCCCAGAAGGACCUUUCCAUCCCCCUCUCCAUCAAGACUGGGAGUGGGGGCGCCACCGUAGCCGUGGUUGCCCAUUCACAGCCCUCCCCCACGCCCAGCAACGAGAGCACAGACACUGCCUCGGAGAUCGGCAGCGCCUUCAACUCCCCGCUGCGCUCCCCCAUCCGCUCGGCUAACCCUACCCGGCCCUCCAGCCCCGUCACCUCCCACAUCUCCAAGGUGCUCUUUGGGGAGGAGGACAGCCUGCUGCGUGUGGACUGCAUGCGGUACAACCGGGCCGUGAGGGAUCUGGGGCCUAUCAUCAGCACCGGCCUGCUGUGCCUCACCGAGGAAGGGGUGUUCUGCCCUCUUGCCAUCACAGACGAUGGGAAAAGCUCCCCUCUCUCCAGCAAGCAAAGAGAAGAGGCCCAAUCUGCUGUCAGAAUGGAUGAGAAGGAGGCAAGUGAGCCAAGUGACAGCAAAGAGAAGGUUGCUCUCUGCAGGCCCAGCGAUCACCCUUGCGGGGAGAAGUAUUCUCCCAAAGAGCUGCUGGCGCUGCUGAAGUGCGUGGAAGCUGAGAUUGUGAACUAUGAGGCCUGCCUGAAGGAGGAGGUGGAGAAGAGGAAAAAAUUCAAGAUUGAUGACCAGAGAAGAACCCACAACUAUGAUGAAUUCAUCUGCACCUUUAUCUCCAUGCUGGCUCAGGAAGGAAUGCUGGCCAGCCUCGUGGAGCAGAACAUCUCUGUCCGCAGACGCCAAGGAGUCAGCAUUGGGCGUCUCCACAAGCAGAGGAAGCCGGAUCGCCGGAAACGCUCCCGUCCAUAUAAAGCCAAGCGCCAGUAGUGGCAUCCUUGUGGUCAAGAUGGGGAGCGGAACCAUAUGCCCACAUUGCUCAUGCUAACUGGUGCUUGUAUCUACAAGCACUUGGAUGGACCAGUUGCCCUGUGCCCAGGGGAGAGGGACCCAACAAGGACUGGGUCCUUUCCGCUCAUGUCCUCAGUGGUGUUGGAGCCCACCCUGUUUCAAAUGGAAUUUGGAUUUUAUCAGCCACAGCCUGGGCACCCUGUGGAGUCUGGGAAUGGGCACUCCCUGCAGCAGUGAAGAGCAGGUUCUAGUGUCAGUGCUACAGAGACACUUGGAUCUACUAGACAAGUGUGUCCCAGGUUGCUCUGCAUACUCCAUGGCAUUCUAGCCCAGGACUGAUGGAAAUCAGCAAUCUGCUGAGGGAAAGGCAGCUGGAGUCAGUAUGAUGAUGCUGGUGGGUGUCUGUGCUGGCCCCAGCUGGCUAUGGCUCCUGGUUUCCAGUAUCCAGGCCUUCAGCUCCACACUGUUCUGGGACAUUGAUAUCAAUUUUCUAUUUCACAACUGUUUAUUUUGUGGUUCUGACCAAUGUUGCCAGCAUCGUCCCUGAGCACAGCUGGCUCCCUAAUGGCCUGUUCUGGGCCAUCUCUGGGCUGCAGUGACAUGCCUCUGAGCUGCUGCUGUCUUUGUGUUAGUCAUGGUGGGCUGCUCACCUCUGAGCGUGCCUUGGGGGUUUAGCACUGUGUGUUGCUCUGUCGGUGGACCAUCACCUGGUGUGUGGUAGGAUUUCUCAUGCUUACCCACUGUCCCUUCUCUUGCUGGGUUGGCUUGGCCCACUCUUUUGGUCAUGGAUUCCAGAUGCAGUGGAGAUCACUGCUGGAGCUAGUUAGUCGGUGCAGCACUCAGACUAAGUGACUUCAUGGCAGGGCAACCGCUGGAGGAAGUUCUAGUUCCUGAGAUGGUGUCAUUCCAUGCUGAGAUUAGGCCCUUGCUGCACCAUGCUUCAGCCCCAGGGGGAAGGGUUGCAGAGGCAGCAUUUGUUUAAUGGCCUUCCACUAACUUCAGUGCCUAACUCAAAACAAACAGCUGGUCAGGAAACCUUAGUGAAACACAGCAACCCCCUUCCCCCCUUCCAUGGUGUUUCUUCUCAGGCAGGAACAUCGGGCCUUUGAAUGGCUGAUCCCUGCAACUAGUUUUAAAAAGGAGGCUGGGGUGAAGCGUGAGCUCUGCCCCAAUCACCGGAGUGAAGAAUUGCUACUCUGCCUAUUUCCAUCAUGUAGGUAAAUUAAACAAACCCCAGUGCACUGCAGCUGAGGCAAGGUGGAAGCACCAGAAGGAGCUAGUGUCCACAGCUGCUCUCCCUUCUGCCCAAGGCUGGAGUCUGGCUCAUGCCUGCCUGGGUGAGAGUUUUUCCACAGAGGGGGCUGGGUUACCUUUUUAUACUGUCACAGCCUGACCCUGUGAGCACUGCUGAAAGGGAGUUUCUCCUCUCCAGUAGCAGCAUUCAGGCUUGUCUCUCGAAGGAAACACAGGGGCUUGAGUACCUCCCCUUGCAGGAGGUGGGGGCUAGCUGCCAGGCCAGCCAAAGCUGUUAAUGGCAUUUCAAGGGAAGGGUGGUGGUGCAGGUGAAAGCAGACCUGCCUCAGGGAAGAACUAGAUUCACCAACUAUCCCAGUUUCUACAGAGCUUGACUGUCGACUGAAACCACUGCUAGUCCCUGUUGAGGGUGAGAGCCCUCGGUCUCUGGCUGUGUCUAACACCAUAUGCUGUAAAUAGCAGCCCUGUUGGAAAGAAUAAAGCUGUCCUAUAGCA